GAAGAAGAGGAGCUGCAGCCACCACCCCUGCGACGACAAAUGGAACCUCACUCAAACUUAAGGGUAGGCUACAAAAGUGCUUUUGUUACCGUUUGUUAUGGCUCUCCUAAAGGGGAUAGCCAUAACAAGCGGGAUGAACGAACACCAAAAGCCUACCUCUAACGAACCCAUGUAACAGAGACGCAGCGGGAGAAGCGACGAGAUCACUAUCUUCUGACUUUCUCAGUAUUCUCUCGUCCAGCAUCAAAGCAGAUGAUCAGGGAAUUUCCGACAACAAGAACCAGG